CAACUCGCUCCUUGCUAACGUUUUGUUGGUAUUUUGCAGGUGCUACCCUUCAUUUGUAUUUCAUUGUCUAAUCGUGCCAGAUUCGUUACGAUUCUAUCUUUGUCAUUUAUGUCUUCAAUUAAUAGGAAAGCAUCUAUUAUUAAAGGCUACUCUCUGGAGCGAUAACUUUUUAAUAGACUGUUUGCACUUAAAAGCAGAUGUAAAGAGGUCGGCUAAUUGCUCCUUCGUCCUCCUGUUCUCACGUGUAGAGCAGAUUGUUAUAUGAAGUAGUUCUUUAGAGUUAUGUGAACCUUAGAAAUGUAUGAUUAAUUUUGUAGCACUUGGGGGAAGGCAUUGGUGACUUUGAGAUACAAGGUACACAGUGCUUGAAUUCCCCUUGCAAAUCGUCUUUAUCAGGAAAUUUCAUUGGUUGCAAGUGUUAUCAACUUUUGUGCUGACAUGUUAGGGAGGCAAGAGUUCCAGCUUCUACUUUUCUUCAUUUUUAUUUUGUCAAUGCUCCAUGCGGUAUCAUGUCAGCGAUACAGGCAAUGUGUAAAUGGAACAUCAGUGGGUCCUUUGCCGAGCACCGCAACUAAUACCACGCAGAGACUUCGCAACCUCAGGGCCUUGUUUGCGCAAAAUGGGAUCAAUGCAUACAUUAUACCGCCAGUCGAUGAACAUCAGUCUGAAUACGUCGCCCCACAAGCCAAGAGGAGACAAUAUAUGUCUGGAUUUUCUGGUUCUGCCGGGACUGCAAUUGUUACAAUGAAAAAGGCGGCAUUGUGGACCGAUGGAAGAUAUUUUGAGCAAGGAGAAAUGCAGUUGGAUUGUAACUGGAUCCUCCAGAAAAGUGGCCAACCAAAAGUUCCUUCCGAAAACACUUGGCUGUCACAAGAACUUGGAGCUGGGCAUGUGGUUGGGAUAGAUCCACGACUUAUUGCCAUCUCAAGUUGGCAAUCAAGGAGCAAGAUUUUAAUGAGAUCAGGAAUACAACUUAAAGCUGUACAGAGUAACCUUGUUGAUGAGAUUUGGACGGAUAAACCUGUACCACCCAAAACCAAACUGACGGUGCUUGAUGUCAAAUAUACUGGUGAAACAUGGCAAAACAAGGUUCGUCGAAUCAGAGAAAACAUAGCAGAAAGAAAGGCCACUGUUAUUGUCUUGUCCCUGCUGGAUGACAUCGCAUGGAUGCUUUGCUUGAGAGGCCAAGAUAUUCCGUACAAUCCGUUUUUCUUUGCUUACGUUAUACUGACCAAAGAUGAAAUAAAAUUGUACGUCGAUAAAGACAAACUAACAUCUGCAGUGCAAUCGCAUCUUUGUCCUGAUAACACAAAUAAAGCAUACUGCGUUCAAAUAUUCAAUUACACAUCAGUCCGAUUUGAUCUUGAUAAAAUUCUUUCUAAUCCAAUGCAUAAACUUUGGAUUGCACCAGAUACCAGUUACUCGUUGCAAUUGGGAAUUAAUGAUACGCAGAUAAUGCUGGACUAUUCUCCGGUUCAGCUGAUGAAGGCACAGAAAAACAGCAUCGAGAUCAAUGGAAUGAAAACUGCAAACACCAAGGAUGGUGUUGCAAUAGUCGAAUUUUUUGCCUGGCUUGAAAAGGAGAUCAAAGCUGGUGUAAAAAAUAUAGACGAAGUCGCUGCUGCCGCCAAACUCAAGGAAUUAAAAGGCAAGCAAAAGGAUUUCAAAGAUUUGAGUUUCGAGACCAUUUCCGCAUUUGGUAGGAAUGGUGCUGUCAUACAUUACCGGCCAAGCAGUGAAACUUCAUUAAACAUUACCGACAAAGGAUUGUAUCUCGUCGACUCUGGGUGCCAAUUUCCUGAAGGAACAACUGAUAUUACAAGAACCGUUCAUUUUGGAACACCUACUGCUUUUGAAAAGGAUGCAUACACGCGGGUUUUGCAAGGUUCCAUUAGACUAGCUAUGAUUGUCUUUCCACCUGGUAUUUAUGGUAGGCACAUUGAUGCACUAGCGAGAUCUUCGUUAUGGGCGAGCGGUCUUAACUACAACCAUGGCACUGGUCACGGAAUUGGACAUUAUUUAAGUGUCCAUGAAGGCCCCCAAGCGAUCGGCUCUGGAAAGUUCUAUCCAUCUGAGAAACCACUUUAUGCUGGAAUGGUACAAUCUGACGAGCCUGGUUACUAUGAAACUGGAAAAUUUGGUAUUCGAUUGGAAACAGCCCUAUUGACUAUAAAUGCAACCACAAAGCAUCAGUUUGAAGGCAAACAGUUUCUUGGAUUUGAGCCCAUCACCUUCGUUCCCUUCCAAAAAGAACUUAUCGAUGCAAGCAUGUUGAAUGAAGCUGAGAUCAAAUGGCUAAACGAUUUCAAUGCCAACAGCAGAAAGAUUUUAGGAGCAGAGUUGAAAAGGCAAGGGAAAACAGAUGGAUACAACUGGUUGAUAAAAAACAGUGAGACAGUCGUGAAGCCAAAUCCAUCGCCACCUUCACCCAGGUUAUCAACCAAUCCAAGCUCUGGAAAUACCAUUACCCUCUCCCAUGGCACACUGGCACUCGUAACACUAGCAUACGUCUUUUGGUUUCUUAAACAGAUCGAUUCUGUGUAGAUAAGAUUUUCAAAUAUAUACAUAAUACCCCAAAAGGGACUUUCCUAUUGUACCAGUAAGCCCUACAACCCGAACGCUUGAUAUGUGACAAAAGCGACUGCUUUACUAUUUUUGGCUAUUGACUGUUAAUUCGAAAAAGAAGAUUCAUUCAGUUGAUAUUCACUAUGCGAUAUUCAACAAUGAACAAGAAUGCAUAAGAUCUAAUUUGAUUUGCUUUGCUUGGCUUAAAGAUAAUUGUCAAAUAAAGUUUGUUAAUCAUAGGAUACCUUGAAUGCUUUUAGACCUUCCUACGACAAAAGACCAAAGAUCUCCCCCUUUUUACGUUCAAAAGCCUAACGGUUUAUUUAGGUUUUAGACCUGAAUGCAAUUUAAAAAGGUCUUUCAUGGAACUUUAUUGGUAAUAAGAAUGAAAUAUGCAAUAAUGGACAAUUCACACGAAAGGAUGCUUUGAAAAAAAAAACAUUUAACGAAUGAUGUUGUUCCCUAUUUUGUUCCUCCGUUUAUAACUUUUGCAAGCAACCUCAAGGCAACAGAAGCAUCCCCGCCCUUGAGCAGAAACUCUACCUCUAGAUGUUUCGGCUAUGUAGAAUUUCACUGAAAUUUUGAAAGAACAAGUAAUGAUUUGAUAAAGGUCUCAGAAUUAUUAAUUAAAAAAUCCUUUUUCACGGUAUAACUUCUAGAUUGCACUUUAAUUUUGCAAAAUUUUCUUUUCAAUUAUAUAAGCAGCAUAACAUAGUGAAUUCAAAUUCCAGAUAUAUUUUGCAAUAUACCGGGCCAUGCAAUACUGUUAACAUACGUGAUUGACAUUGUGAGUCUUUCGAAAGUUCUGCUACAAUUUUGGCAUAUGCCUAAGUUAAUUUAAUUGCAAAUGCGUUAUAUGUAAUCAGAUAGAAGUGUUAUGCUGUCUAAAUCCCUAUGUAAUUCAUGAUUGAAAGUUGUUAUUAUGAGAUUUUAUUGGGACAAUGACAUA